AUGUCGACGACGUCCAUCAAGAAAGGUCUAUCGUGGGCUCUUAAAGCUCUCCAGAUUCUGACAGUAAGGAAAAUGCUCAGCCGACCUAUCCCACGGUCAGAGAUAGCAGAUCACUGCAGCAGUCAGUCUUGCUGGAUGGUUGUCAAUAACAAGGUUUAUGAUGUCACCAGAUUUCUCAGAAUGCACCCAGGUGGCGAGGAUAUUAUUCUCGAGUAUGGAGGUCAUGAUGCCACUUCGGCUUUUAUCGACAAAGGUCACAGUCCUGAUGCCUAUGGCAUGCUGACAGAAUACUGCAUAGGAAGAGUUGUAAAAGCUGACUGGUUCCCUGAGAAAAACUUCACAUGA